AUCAAAACGAGUGUCUUUUUUCUGGAAGUCCGAAGUCGUGAUUGACUUGUGAAGAAACGAGUUGUAUUGCUAUUACAGAAUCUAUACGACAAGAAAUUAUUGUUCUUUUAAAUUUCUUAGUCGGAUUUAUUUUCGUUCUCAUUUUAACAUGACAGAUAAAAAAGUUGUACUGAUCACUGGUGCAAGUUCUGGUAUUGGAGCUGCUACAGGUGUGCAUUUUGCCAAACUGGGAUACAGGUUGGCUGUUUGCGGCAGAAAUACAGCUGCAUUAGCUGAAACAGCAGCCCAUUGUCUUGAAGCAAAUGAUAAGCUUUCUGCAGAUGAUGUUCUGCAAUUGGUUGGUGACAUGGCUGUGGAGAAGGAUUGUGAGGAUGCAGUGAAAAAGGUUAUUGACAAAUUCAAAAAGUUGGAUGUCCUCAUUCCAUGUGCAGGAAUUCUGACAACAGGGCCACUUGAAAGCAUUUCAAUGGAUGAAUAUGAUAACCUAAUGAAUAUCAAUUGUCGAUCUAUUGUUCUCUUGAUGAAACUUUGUACUCCACACCUUAUUGAAACCAAAGGAAACAUAGUUAAUGUUUCUAGCGUGACGGGAUUGCGAGCUUUUCCAGGAGUGCUGUCUUACUGCAUCAGCAAAGCUGGGGUUGAUCAACUAACACGAUGCGCUGCUCUAGAGCUAGCUCCAAAAGGAGUACGUGUCAAUUCCGUAAAUCCUGGUGUCAUCAUCACCCAUUGUCAUAAGCGCUCAGGAAUGACUGACGAAGCAUACGCCAAAUUUUUAGAGCAUUCGAAAACUACUCAUGCCCUCGGCCGUCCUGGCACUGCUGAAGAAGUUGCCAAAGCUAUUGCCUUUUUAGCUUCGGACGAUGCUUCAUUUAUUACUGGAGUGACUCUUCCAGUUGAUGGUGGGCGCGGAAUCAUGUGUCCCCGAUAAAUGAACGAUUAGUGAGCUAUUAAUAUUCAGAGGGUCAGGUUAGUUGCGUACAGAGGAAAUUAUAAUGAUGAAAAUCUUAUUGUGGAGAUGAAUUGUUAAAGGUGUAAUCUGUUGAUACCGUGUUUUAUUACACACUUCAGCUGGGAA